UUCGGAAUCGACUCUAGUCUUCGACUCAGAAUUUACAUGCUAACUGCUAGCCUCGCAAUGGCUUGUUUUAAUUUAAAAACAGCUCCGUAAACAUGGGUGUUAUUAAUACAUGAACGGCGGUAACGCAGCAGGAGUGAGCUUUAAGGAUAAUGGACUCCUGGACCCCGAACCCUCGGGCCAAACCGUUCAUCCCCCGACAGCAGCGCAGCCUCUAUCUUACUUGGAAAUACAAACUCACCAACAAACGGGCCCUGCGUCGGCUUUGUCAGGGAGGUGCAGUCCUGUUCUUGUUGGUUACAGUGAUUGUAAACAUUAAACUUAUCCUGGAAACCAGGAGAGUCGCGAAUGAAGUGGAUGCCACACCAGAUUACGAUGAUGCUUUGACCAACAUGGAGACAGCACGAAAACCAUCCAGUGGCCGCAAGAUGCUGGACAUCGAGGUGUACUCCAGUCGCUCCAAGGUCUACGUGGCAGUGGAUGGUACAACAGUAUUGGAGGACGAGAUGCGUGAGCAGGGGAGGGGAAUACACGUCAUAGUGCUUAAUCAGGCCACUGGUCACGUCAUGGCAAAGAGAGUGUUCGACACCUACUCGCCUCAUGAAGAUGAAGCCAUGAUCCUCUUCCUCAACAUGGUCACACGUGGACGAGUCCUUAUCUUCACCAUCAAGGAUGAAGGAACCUUCCAUCUGAAGGAUGCAGCCAAGAACCUACUGAAGGGUCUGGGCAGUCAGGUGGCCGCCACGCUCAGCUGGAGAGACAUGUGGACUCUGGUUGUCAAGAAAGGAGGUCAGGUUUAUGGGGAGAAGCAUUCGAAGUCUGCUGCUCUCUCAACCUGGGGAGACCCUGUGCUGCUGAAAACUGAGGUUCAGCUCACUGCUGCUGAAGAGGCCGAGUGCCACUGGGCCGAUACAGAGCUGAAUCGACGGAGGAAGCUCUUCUGCAGUAAGGUCGAGGGCUACGGAAGCAUCUGCAGCUGUAAGGAUCCGGCACCUAUCGAGUUCAACCCAGAACCACUUCCUAACAAUAACGUCUACAACGUACCAGUCGCUGUCAUUGCAGGAAACCGACCGAAUUAUCUAUACAGAAUGCUGCGAUCUCUGCUCUCCUCCCAUGGCGUGAACCCACAGAUGAUCACUGUUUUCAUCGAUGGAUACUAUGAGGAACCAAUGGAUGUGGUGGAGCUGUUUGGUCUGAAAGGAGUUCAGCACACGCCCAUAAGUAUUAAAAACGCCCGUGUGUCCCAGCACUACAAAGCCAGUUUGACUGCAACUUUUAAUCUUCAUCCGGAUGCAAACUUUGCCAUUGUCCUGGAGGAAGAUUUGGAUAUAUCCAUCGAUUUUUACAGUUUUCUCAGUCAGACCAUUCAUUUACUCAAUGAAGAUGAGAGUCUUUAUUGCAUCUCGGCUUGGAAUGACCAGGGUUAUGAGCACACGGCAGAGGACCCUUCACUGCUUUACAGGGUGGAGAGCAUGCCCGGCUUGGGCUGGGUGCUCAAAAAAAGCCUCUACAAAGAUGAGCUAGAACCCAAGUGGCCUACACCUGAAAAGCUGUGGGACUGGGACAUGUGGAUGCGAAUGCCAGAGCAGAGAAAGGGGAGAGAAUGCAUCAUUCCUGAUGUCUCGCGCUCCUAUCACUUUGGCAUAGUUGGCCUGAACAUGAAUGGUUACUUCCAUGAAGUGUACUUUAAGAAGCACAAGUUUAACACGGUUCCAAACGUCCAAUUAAAAAACGUUGGCGGUUUAAAGAAAGAUGCUUAUGAGGUGGAGAUCCAGAAUCUAUUACGUGAGGCAGAAGUUCUGGACCACAGCAAAAACCCCUGUGAGGACUCCUUCAUUCCAGACACCGAAGGAAAGACCUACAUCAUGUUCAUCAAAAUGGAGCAAGAAACAGACACCAGCACUUGGACCGAAUUGGCGAAGUGCCUGCAUGUGUGGGACCUAGACGUUCGAGGCUAUCACAAAGGCCUUUGGAGGCUCUUCAGAAAGAAAAACCACGUCCUCGUCAUGGCUGUUCCAAUCUCGCCGUACUCCACUAGGAAGCCUGCGCAAGUUACCCCUAUUCAUCUGGAGCCUCCACCUAAAGAGGAGGGAGCCCCGGUGGAACAGAUAUAAACUGGUCGCAGUUACCGGUCUCUUCAAAACCGAAGUCUCGCUCGCACCAGCUACGAUAGGUGCUGCAGCGUCUGCCUUUUAACUGGAGCCUGUGAUAGGUGCUGCAGUCCUGGUGAGUAGAGCUCUUCCUUCCACUGGGAGGAGCUCGGUAUGCGAAUGUGUGGCGUCUAAGCUGGUCAGCAUGGUACGCUUGAUAUGAGUCUACAAGGAGCAGCUGAAUCCAACCAACUAUGGAAACUGCAAAAAAAGGGGGAACUGAGUUUUAAUACUGUUUUUAAACUACUGAAUGCUUUACUUUUGGCAUUUUAAAUUAAGUCUAUUUAUUUUUGCUAGUAUCCAAGCUCUUGUAUUAGUGUGUUUUCUCUUUAGUGAGCUCAGUUGUAUGAAAGGAUUGUGCACAUAAAGGCCUAACAUUGUUUACAAAUAUGAAAUACUACAGGCAUAUAUUUUUGAAACAAACACCAUUUGUAUCGUACUUUUCUUUCAUGAGAUGAGAUGUGCUUUUAUUCUAACUGUUUUUGUUUAAUAAAUCAGAACAAAUGAUAAAAAAAAAAAAAAAAAAAGGUUCAUUUUUACCAAUUGCUUCAUCCUGGUCAGGGUCACGGCAGGUCCGGUUCUAGGUCCUGGGCACAAGGCAGGAAUACCCAUCACACGGAUUUGGCCAUCCUCUCCCUUAAGCCAAUCACGUCUGUGCACCGCUAAGUUUCUAACCCAGGUCACAGCAGAAGUGGGCUAGCUUAAUAGACCACUGUACCACCCAAGCACCCCAAGCAGUUUAAUCCAAAAACCGUCAUGAAUAAAGGUGUAAAACUGGAUUAAUUAUGCCUGUAUCAAACAAAAGAAGAACCAUAUGCACCUGACUGCUUAUUUACUAAUACAAUAUGCAACUUCUACAACCC